CCCUCUUCCAUAUUCUGAAGCCAAACCCAACAAUUCAAUUGUUCUAGAGAUUCAUCAUGAUGAGACCAUCACUACUACUAGUAGUGCUGUGGCACAUAUGGAGGAGGCUUCAAGAAAGAGCAAUGGAGAAGAGAAGAGCAAUCCUAUCUGUUUGACAUGGAAGGAUCUUUGGGUGAGGGCUUCCAUGGGGAAGAGAGGGACCAAAGCUAUCCUUCAGGGGCUAACCGGUUAUGCCAAACCGGGUCAGCUCUUGGCCAUUAUGGGUCCUUCUGGUUGUGGCAAGUCAACACUUCUUGAUACUUUAGCAGGUAGAUUGGGUUCAAACACAAGACAAACCGGAGAGAUUCUUGUCAAUGGUCACAAACAAUCACUGGCUUAUGGAAGCACGGCAUACGUGACACAAGACGAUACCUUAAUAACAUCAUUAACAGUGAGAGAAGCAGUGUACUAUUCAGCUCAGCUUCAGUUACCUGAUUCCAUGUCAAAGGCAGAGAAGAAAGAGAGAGCAGAGUUCACAAUCAGAGAGAUGGGUUUGCAAGAUGCCAUCAACACUAGAAUUGGUGGCUGGGGUUGCAAAGGAAUCAGCGGUGGUCAGAAGAGGCGUGUAAGCAUCUGCAUUGAGAUAUUAACACGCCCAAGGCUCUUGUUUCUUGAUGAACCAACAAGUGGACUUGACAGUGCUGCCUCUUACUAUGUCAUGAAAAGAAUUAAAUCUCUUGAUCAUAAAGAUGGUAUUCAAAGGACUAUCAUAGCGUCAAUUCAUCAGCCAAGUGCUGAAGUUUUCCAAUUCUUUGAUAAUCUCUGUUUGCUCUCUGCUGGAAAAACAGUUUACUUUGGACCUGCUUCUGAUGCAAUUCAGUUCUUCGCUUCAAAUGGUUUUCCUUGUCCCGCUCUUCAAAAUCCAUCUGAUCACUUAUUGAAAACUAUAAACAAGGACUUUGAUCAGGAAAUGGAGGUAGGUGUAGCCGGGACGAGUGGAGGAGCAUUACCGGCAGAAGCAGCAAUCGGAAUCCUUGUGAACGCAUACAAAGCCUCAGAAAUAAACGAACAAGUUCAAACGGAAGUAACUGCCAUAUCUAAAAUGGAAACUAGCUCCGUAGAGAAGAAGAGAGGACAUGCUAGCUUCCUUAGGCAGUGCAUUGUUCUUACAAAAAGAUCAUUUGUGAACAUGUCCCGCGAUCUAGGCUAUUAUUGGCUACGCCUUGCUAUAUAUAUUGCCUUGGCUAUAAGUUUAGCCACUAUCUUCUAUCAUUUAGACACAAGUUAUGCUUCAAUUAAGGAUAGAGGGUCACUUCUUGCAUUUGUAUCCACUUUCAUAACUUUCAUGAGCAUUGGUGGAUUCCCUUCCUUUGUGGAAGAUAUGAAGGUAUUCGAAAGAGAAAGGCUAAAUGGGCAUUAUGGUGUGAGUGCGUUUGUGAUAGGAAAUACCUUAUCAGCCAUCCCAUUUGUGUUGAUAGUUUCUUUCAUUCCGGGAGCUAUAGCAUACUACCUCCCUGGUCUCCAGAGUGGAUACGACCACUUCCUUUACUUCAUUUGUGUUCUAUUUUCUUGCCUCAUGUUAGUGGAGAGCCUCAUGAUGAUAGUUGCAAGCGUGGUUCCAAACUACCUCAUGGGAAUCAUACUCGGCUCUGGAAUACAAGGCAUCAUGAUCUUAGUUGCUGGCUUCUUCAAACUGCCAAGCACCAUUCCUAAGCCAUUUUGGAGAUACCCUUUGCAUUACAUAGCAUUCCACACUUAUGCGUUCCAAGGAUUGUUCAAGAACGAAUAUCAAGGCUUGAAAUUCCAUGGAGGCUCAUCACACAAGUACAUUACGGGUGAAGAGAUUAUGAGGGACACGUGGCAAACAGACAUGAGUUACUCAAAGUGGGUUGAUCUUGCAAUAUUAGCAGGGAUGAUUGGUGUGUAUCGUGUUAUGUUUUUGGUUAUCAUAAAGAUUACUGAGAAGGUGAAGCCUAUUGUUGGAUCCUUCAAGCUCAUGUCUCCCAAACAAACAAUUCAUGUCGUCGAAAAUCCCAAUGCUACUCCUUUGCAUGUGGAGUUUGUAUGACACCUUUCAAAAUUAUGUGGAAUUUAAUUUUAAAUUAUAUGUAACUGUUAACAAUAUUAACAAAAAUCUAGCCCAAGCCUAUUGUAGUUCGGUUUAAUGUCGCUUCUUCUAUUCCUUUUUUUUGUCAAAAUCU